AUGUUCCAAUCCACAUUCGCCUUGAACAUGCACUGGCACAAUGUAACUCAGAAAUUCCCGCAGAAUAACCUCCAUUCUCCGCUUCCUUCAUCGUGGACAGUGACACAAAAGAUCAGCGGAGGGCUCAAUAAGGACCCCAAUCGACAUACUCACCUGCUGAUGGACGAGAUUUUAAGCGUAAUUUCUACGCCGUGGUGCAUCAUCGGGGCAAGCCCAGCCUCUUACCGGAUUAAAGCGCAAGCGGGCGCUUUGUGCUUGAUCAAUCUCUACGACAUCAUCCGCGGUGAAAGUUCCCGUCUAUUUGUCGCCGCCGCCGCCUAUUACGCCUACUACUACUACUACAACCACAACUACAACUACCAAUGGACCACGUCACUGGUGCCACUGGCCGAGGAGGAGGCCAAGGAGGAGGAAGAGGCCGAGGAAUCGUUUGAGAUUACAGUCUUUGACGAGGCACAUGCUGCGGAACCCGACCUCUAG